AUGCAAGAUAGUUUGUUGAAUUAAACUAAAGUUUACUGCUGUCCCUCAAAGGUUUUGAUUAUGGGCGGAUAUGCGAUUCUAUCUGAAUAAUGUGUCGGACUCUCUGUAGGGUUAAAUGAAAAGUUUUAUGCAUUCAUUACUACUUAAGAUGUUUAAAAUUAAUAAUAAUCCAAUCAAAAAAUAAUAAUUAAGUUUAUUUCAAAAUAAAUUGAAUCUGAGUGGAUUUAUGAAAUUGAUUUGAUAUCAAAGCAAGUAAGCUAAUCGGAAACAUAAGCAAAAAAUCCCUUUUUAGAAGCUGUCACUAAAGUUGUUAUUGAAGAAGGAGUAGAAGAUCUUUCUAAACUAACAAAGAAUAUUAAUGUUAAUAUUUUUCAUGAUAAUAGAUUCUAUUCUUCAGCUUCUAAAAAAAAUGAGCAAAAAUCAAACUAUUUCAGUAUUUUUGAUAAAGAUAAUUUGCAUAAGACUGGUUUAGGUUCAAGUGCAUGCGUUUUAGUAGCUACUUUAGGGUCUCUUCUUUAAUAUUUUUAAGAUUACGCAGAUGAGAAACUUCACUACCUUUCUCAAAAAGCUAAUUUUAUAGCACAAAAAAAAAUAGGAAGUGGAUUUGAUAUAGCUACUAGCGUUUUUGGGUCUUAAGUUUAUAAAAGAUUUCCUCCUGAUAUAUUUUCUUCAAAUAAUCAACAAUAAUAUAAAUGGAAUACACUCAAUCGCUUUAAUAUACCUAAAUAGUUAAAAAUAAUGAUGAUAGAUUUGUAAAUAGGAAGUGACACACGUCUAUUAGCAGGUGAGGUCAAAAAAUAUCUUGAUAAUAAUCCUGAAUAAGCUCAAAUCUUCUACGAAUAGUGUAAUCAAAAGGCUUCGAAAUUAUAAGAAAUCUUCAGCGGUAUACAAAGCAUAGAAAACUUAAAAGAAAAAAGGGAAUCAAUUAUUGAAUUAAAUAAAUAAUACAGAGAUGUAUUCAAGACUAUUGGAAUUAAGGCUAAAGUGGAGACAGAACCUGAUAUAUUAUCUGAUAUUUUGGAUUAAAUUAUCAUUGAAAUCCCUUCCGUUUACUAUGGGGUUUGCCCUGGAGCUGGUGGGUAUGAUGCAUUAUGCCUUUUAACUGAUAAUUCGUUAACAGUUGAAUAAUUGUAAGCAAAAGUAGAUUCGUUGAAAAUUUUGAAUUCUUCAAUUAAAGAAAUGGUAGUAUAGGAAAUGGAAAUUUCUUAGCAAGGAUUUCAUUUAUUAGAUGAAAUUUCUACAAGUUAGUUCCUCAAAAAUAUUUUUUGA